UAGACGAGAAGUAAACAUUUACUAUUUUGACGAUAACAGAUGAUUCAGAAAAUAUAAUAAGGAAAUAGGUUUGUCUGAAGUCGGGCUGAGCUGACAGUUCGAAAAUUUUCCGAUGACGUAUCAUCUUUUUACAACAUCAAAAAGACGUUAUUUGACGCUGGUUUGGCGUAACUGAAAGUAGGCGUUUCUUGUUCUAGGGACUGUCGGCACUUGUUGGUCAAAAGUAGACAGCUAGAGAGAUAGAGAAUUUUGUGGAAGCGCGAAGCAGCUUACGAUAGACAUGUGUGUUACAUAGAAUCUUUUAUAUGAACAGUGUAUGAAAUUUGUACAAGCAUAUCACAAGGAUACUUUUGCAGCAGUAUUAUGGCUAUUUACAAAGCGAGAUUAAAAGAAAUCGAUGAAGCCCUAAACGCAGAUGAAAUAGAUCUAUGCCACUUGAAAAAGAUUUGUUUUCAAGGGAUCCCCGACGAGCAGGGGCGGCGGGCGCUGUGCUGGAAGCUGCUGCUGAACUACCUGCCCCCGGCCCGGCGCUCCUGGAGCCAGACCCUGGCCAGGAAGCGAGACCUCUACAAGCAGUUCGUCGAGGAGAUGAUCGUCAUGCCGGGCGAGCCCCAGGCGGACGACGGCAGCCGGAGGGACGUCACUCUGGCCGAUCACCCGCUCAACCUGAACCCCGACAGUCAGUGGCAGACUUUCUUCAAAGACAACGAAGUGCUCCUGCAGAUCGACAAGGACGUCAGGCGCCUGUGCCCCGACAUCUCGUUCUUCCAGCAGGCCACGGACUUCCCGUGCCGGCCCGUGGCGCACAGCAGCGGCGUGAAGCGACUGCAUGUGCGUGUGCAACACAACGUGCUCAAGUCGGCCAACGUGGAGCGCAAAGGCCUGGGCGUCACCAAGAUAGCGCUGUCGGUGAAGAAGGCCACCGAGGACUACGCCCCCAUGUCGGAGGGCCAGGAGGCCCACUGGGAGGUGGUGGAGCGGAUCCUGUUCCUCUACGCCAAGCUGAACCCGGGCCAGGGCUACGUGCAGGGCAUGAACGAGAUAAUCGGCCCCAUCUACUACAGCUUCGCCUGCGACCCGGGCGUCGAGUGGCGAGAGCACGCGGAGGCGGACUGCUUCUUCUGCUUCACCAACCUGAUGGGGGAGAUCAGGGACUUCUUCAUCAAGUCGCUGGACGAGGCGGAGUGCGGGAUCAAUGGCAUGAUGUGCCGGCUGGGGGACCAGCUCAAGGCCAAGGACUUCCCCGUGUGGGCCCGGCUGCAGGAGCUGGAGCUCUACCCUCAGUACUACAGCUUCAGGUGGCUGACCCUGCUGCUGUCCCAGGAGUUCCCGCUGCCGGACGUGCUCCGCAUCUGGGACUCCCUGUUCGCCGACGAGAAGCGCUUCCAGUUCCUCAUACACAUCUGCUGCGCCAUGAUCGUGUGAGUGGGUCUCGUUCGCAACCAGCGCUGGCCCGCCCGAGCGCCAGGCCACGCCUACUGCGAGAUAUGUUGCUGUGUGGUGACUUCCCAACGAACGUCAAACUUCUUCAGAACUUCCCGUCCACGGACAUCCAGGAGGUGUUGUCGAAGGCCGUGGAGCUCUCUGGUCCGAGCCCGGGGCUGGCGUGAGGGGCGUUCCCCCCUUGCCCCCCUUGCCCCCUCCAGCUGCAUCCUUGUGUCGGCCCUCGGACGGCGAGGAAUAACUUUCACUUACACUUGACAAUGCGAAGGUUUAUGGUACGGGUAUUAUCUGAACAAUAUUUAGUGAGUGUAUGCGUGUGUGCGCGGUAAAUUGCUGUAUGCUGUUUACGACUGGAUUGCUAAGGACCAAGACUCGAGGUAGCGAAAGCUGAUGAAUGUCAAGUGUUUCUGUCGUUUUCGGUCUUAUACUCUGUUUUGAGUGCUGUUACUCUUGGAACUGACAGGCGUUUGAGAAAACACCCUCGUUGCGGAGAUGUGGGGAUUAAUUAACCGUGUCUGUGUGUUCGUCCCCUUUAAGCACACCAGAUGCAACUAGAGUGCAGACUUUGUGUGUAAGGUGAAUACUUAGUGUUUUUGUGCAGUGUGUUAAUAAUGUAUGAGCAAAGUUUUUUUUCCACAUUAUUAUUAAACAAUCCUUUUUAUAACUGUUGUAUUAGUUUGGUAUUUUCUAAGUGUUUAUUUAUGUAUGCAAAUAUGGUAAUUUUUUUUUGCAGGGGCACAGAACUGUUAAGAUUAUGCCUAAAGUGCAUGUUGUCGUAUUUUUCUUAGUGUUACUACUGUGCCUACUUUCUGAAAGCAAUAUGAGGUUCCUGUGUGAAAUCUAUACAGAGUUUUGUCAAUGGGAUUUGCAGUCUUAAGCUUUACUUGGCAGUAUAGCUAGCAUAAAUGAGUACAUAUUGCUUUCUUAGAGCUUGCAAUUAAAUUCAGAUAAAUCAGAGCCCAUGCAAAUAUUUUCAUAAAAAUUUUUCAGGUUCCAAUUCUGAUACCAUCAUUUUUGAUGGACAAUACAUUUUUCAUUUUUUUUUAUGACCAGUUGUGAUCAGAAUUGUGUUAUGCAAUGUUCAAACCAAAAACAAUGAGUGAUUGGAUUUUUUUUUAAGUAAAUCAGCAAAGUAGGAGUAUGCAUGUGUAUAACAUUAGUUACUUUAUCUUCUGUUGAUUUGGUGAAUAAGGCAUGGUGAUGUUCAUUCAGAAUAAAGUUUCACAUGCUAAAUUUAUGGUCACAAAUUAUUUUAGCUGCGAAAAGUGAACUCGUAUUUUGCACUCUGUGUGGAUUUUGGAUAUAGACUGUAAAAAAAAAGUUAUUAGAUUCUCUUAUGAAAGGCUUUCUGGACCUUACGUUAGCUGUGGACCACUUUCCUCUGUACUUCGAAGCUGUGCUAACAAAGUAAACACAGGCUUCGAGGUGCUAAGGUAAAGAGAUAAAUGUCUAAGGACACUCACACAAGUACUUUGGACCACACACAAAAAGAAACCUAGGCUUGUGCUCUCUUUCUCCUGAGGAAACUGGUCCAACCAGCGAUACAUCACGUCACACUAAAAUGAGUUUUCUUUAUGUGUGUACUGGUCUAUUUUUUUUUACUAAUAUCAUUAAGUGCUCUACAAGAAGUGGUAAUGAAGAGUAAGUAUAUGCUAAGUUUUUUACUGUGCUGUGUUAAAGAAAGAAAACAUUCUCAGUAUAAAAUUUGGUAAUAAUAUAGAAAAUUACUAGGAUGUUUCACAGAGUAUAAAUAUUUUUACAGUUGUAGGCUUCUGUAGAAGUUAAAACAAACAAAUUUGGUUUUUUGAAGAGUUGAGAGAACUCACAUUAGCUUAUCAUUUAUUAUUUUUGCCCAAUUUCUUCUUGCUCUACUGCCAUUUUAAGUAGUCUGUAACUUUCCCACUUUGUCAUAAAAAUCAGGAAUUUUGGUGGCUAAAUUUUGAUGUAAAUGUGUGAUAAUACUCAAAGUAGAGAAUGGCUUGUUUAGUUUAAGAAUUGAAGUAAAUAUUAUAGAUAAUUUUUGUAAUGUUUUUUAUAAAAAUUAUGUGCAAAUUUUGAAACACAGAUGGUAGCAGUUCUUUGAAGUAAUUCCUGAAAUAGUUUUGCUAUUGUUAUUAUUAAUAGUAAUAUCAAAGAAUAUGUCAAGGUAGUAACUUACAGCUAUAAACUGAGAUCUUUUAAAGUAUGUAUGAAUGGUUCUAAAGACUGCAAUUAGUUUUUUUGCGUGCAUCUUCAAGUGUAAUAUUGUUGUUAGCGGUUCAGUGCUGAGUUGUGUGUGCGUUAGUGCUCGUGAUUUCAGGUUAAGUAAUUAAAACGUGGAGCAUUUGGUUUGAGAUUUUUUAAAAUUUUUGUACUUUUGUAUGUGGUGAAGAAAAUAAAUUUAAAAUUUUUUAUAUAGUUUGAAUGAAGUAUAAGUUGCAACUUACAAAUCAAUAUUAAUUUUAAUGGUAGUAGCUAAUUAAAUUAUUUUCAUUAAAUAUUAAUACAAAUCUUAAUUAAUUUUGUAUUACCCACAAUUUUUGCAGUUAUGAUUAUAAGCAUUUUCUUCAAUUCGUGCAUGUUUUAUGUGCAUACAUUGUUACGUUAUAGACCUGGAAAUUUGGUGGGUUCGUUGACCUUCAGGAUAAACUUGAUUGCAAACUUGUUUGUUUGGUUAGGAUGAAAAACCUUUUCCAUCAUGAGGGUUUAAAUAUAACUCAUACAUUGCAUGCAUAGUUACUAUAAAAGGGUAACAAAUUUUUUUCAAGUCAGUUUAUGUUUUGCUCAUGUAGAAUUAAUUGUAUAAUUUUUUGUAGUAUUUCCUUAUGAUUUAGGUUCACAUCCACUUUUUUCUCGCUGUGCCUUCUCAAGACUUGUUGAAAUGUGAUACAUUUUGUAAGUAUCUUGCCUAAAGUAAUUUAUCUUGCAUUGUGUAGCUGUAUUAUUAUACUGUGUACCAUAUUUUUUAUCGCAUUUAAAAAUUUUGAAAGUAUGUAUUAUUUUGAGAUACGCAAUUUCUUCGUGUGAUUUGUACUUGCUAAAUUGUUGCUCAAAUUUUGCAGUUCAAAAAUAAUGUCAUUCCCUCACAUUUAUUGAGAAUUUUUUUUUUCCAAUAAUUAAUUAUUAAUGUGUAGUUUAUAUGUAUACUUUAAUAUAUUGUUUUUUCAACUUUGUUUUAUACUUGAGUUGUAUUUUUUAGCGACGUCCUUACAUAAUGCAUAAUAGGUAAUAUUAUCAAGUACAGUGGUUAUUAUUUGUUAGAUAUGUGUUUAUGUUGUUCAUGGAUAUUUUUAACUGAUACAGAGUCCUUUAGUACAGCAUCUAAUAUUUUUUUAAAAUCUUGUUAAAAUACAACAGCUCCAUUAAAAUAAUUAGAAUAAUAAUUCUUUCUGGUUUUUUUAAAAUAGUAUGUUAGUUUAAGUCAGAGAUGUGGGCAGUGGAAUGACUAGUUACCUGUGUGGUUGGGGGAGAAAUUGUAUCACAUUUAUAAUUAUCAGUAAUAUCAGUGCAUACUCUUGCACUUUUGUCUAAAACGUCUAAUAUUUGGUUUUAAUUCAUUCCUCCCUAAAUUUUAGUUCAGUUUCCAUAAAUGUUAAUAGGUACUCUUGAUGUGUGAGGGAUAGAAAAUAUUGUUAUUUGAAGACUAUUAUGAAUAAAUAUUCUAAAUAUGUACAUCGCACAGCAAUAAAGGUUUAUGAUUUGUUGAUCGUGGAAAUUGUAGAUAACUUUAAUAUCACACCAUUUAUCAGUGGCACUUUUGAUAAUGUAACUUCCUUUUGUGAUUUUGAAUCUCUGGUGUAGCCGUGAAUUGCUGCUGCGUGAGAGGUUGUCGCAAUAUUGAUGUGGGCCGUGGCAAUUGCUGUUGUUUAAACCAGCAGUUCUUUAGUAAAGUUGUCAAGUUGUCAGCGCUUAGGUUGGUGGGAGUGUGCCCUGGACAUGUCUUAAAAAUUUGAAUCUAAGCUGAAAGUUUGAAGGUUGGCAAUACGUUGUACUCAGCUCAUUCCAUUCAGCUGGCUAUAUUGCAUUUUGUUUGUCAGUGCAAGAAUAUACUCAUUUAUAAUUUUUAUCAGGUUAUGUUAUUGUUAACAUUGAGUCACUUGCAAUUGUAGUGUGAAUUCCAAAAGUUUGCAUGUUAUUUUCUGCAAAUUAUAAUUUUUUUUUUUUUAGUGAUUUCACAUAAGGUAAGUAGUAAAUAAAUGUUUGUAAUAUAAUAAUAGUUGAGUUUCUUGUACAAUAUAAACAUACUUUCACUGACGUACAAAUGAAACGGCUGAAAGGAAUUGGCUGUCUGUCUACAGUGACAGUUCUUUGAACUGACAGGUGCAAGGUCUCAGCCACGCCGGAUUAGCGAACUUGCCCGACAUCGAACGUUGUUAUAGUAUGAAGCGUGACUUGUAACCCGCUAUAUAAAUUGGGCAACCUUUUUCUGAAAUGAAAACCAAUAAUAAAGAUAACCUCUGAUUAAACUAUAAACUAUGAAGAAUUUCCCAAAAUUAUCUAAAGUUGAGAGUUCAUUGGUGCCGGACUGCGGAAUGUUUGGAAAUGUAGACUGCCACAUUUAAGACCAUUCACUGUAACACUUGAGGAGAAAAUUGUUUACCUUGUUUCGAGUUACUAACAUACUAAAAAUUAUAACAUUCCACAAAUUGUGAUAGAUUUUAUUUUAAUAAUACUCUUGUAAUGUUGGUAGGGUAUUUCCGCUGUUUCUUUCUUGGACAUGUUGUAGGAGGUAAGCCUGCUAAACUAUCUCGUGCUACACACAACACAUUGUUUGUCUCAGCCCCACUAGCUGUCGUUAGAGGCUUGCUGGUAUUUGACAUUAUUGUUUGACAAUAAUGUUUGAUACUUAUUUCCAACAUAUUAGCAAGCCAUCUCGAUGGUCAUUGUAUGUUCUUCAGCCACACCAUUGUGAGAAAGUCAAAUAGACUUGGCCACCUGAAAUCUGUGCCAGCUCAGUACAAAGUAUAGUAAACUGAGCUGUGCUUACUCCAAGCAUUUGCUUCUCGCAUGCUGACUUUUCGACUGAAUGUGUGCGAUCGUCCAGUAUGUGCGCAGGUGCAAGAUGCUACGUCUUGCAUCCAUCACAGCAAAAUGAAACAUUACUUGAGUAUGUUAUAAUUUGAGACCUGAAAAAUUCGCGGGUUCAUUUCGUGUUAUGAUAAAAUUCAAAUAAUUAUACCUAAGUGCUGCUUCUGCCAUUGGUUCACUGUUAAUCUGGAGGACAGAGGGCCAAUUAGAGACCCUCACUCAUAGAAGUGUCGAAUCACAGGCCACCCAGUCGAGACGACUCACAAGUCAACAGCCAAUGAACAGUUGGCAUUUGCCAGAGCGUGUAGAGGAUAUUGGAGUCUAUCCUGGAGGUCAUUGAACCCGCAAAUUUUUCCGGUCUUUAGUUAUAAUUGUUCUCCCAGGAUCUUUUGUCGUGGCAUCUCCCUCGUGGUUUGCCUUCCGUAGUCCUGAACUCUCGCGGUGAUGUUUCCAAGCUCGGUGCACUGGGAGGUGUCUGGUUGCGCCACAGCUGGUUCUUUGUUUCCCCGCGCCAUCCCUCGUGAACCAGCGGGCUGUCUUCUGAGGGCCAAGCCAGGGAGGGGACGUGUGACAUCCUUCCCACCGAGGGCUCCGUUCCUGGCAAGGGAGAUUCUGCCUGCCCAUUCAUUCCUCGGUGUGUCACCACCGCUCUGAAGACCAUGAUGUCUCCAGAUGUUGAGGCCCCCGCCCACCUGGGCACUCGUAGUGCGCAGAGAUUCAGGAAAAAUAAUGCGAUUUGAAAAAUGCUCAAGAUAUCCGAGUGGGGGUCUGUUUACGAAAAGCAUUUUCAGAAUUUGCAAACUACACUUUUAGAAGAGUUAAAAUGGCUAAAAAGGCAUGUUUCCAGAGUAAUUUUUAGGCAUAAAACAACCAUUACAGAUUCUUGAAAGCACUUAAGGGAAUUAAAUUUUGCCUUUAUCUUUUUUUCUCUGCCAUAUAAUGUUAUGGUCUCCCUUGAAAUAUCAUUAAGACUGCGCGUCAAUUCAGAAACUUGCGUUUAGAGCCGAUACCGUUCUAGAAGCACCAGCGAGCGUCGCACUUAUCAUCCCGCCUCGCUGACGGAUACAGCUCUGAACAGACAGGGCUCCCUGCUAAAACUGUUUGCAUUUGUUUGGUUUUGUAAUAGCACUUUACGUACUGUGCACUGAAAAAGGACGUUAAAAACCAUUUCUCACCUUCCUGAUAGUCUGUGUCAUGUGUAAUUUGUUUUACCCAACUAAACCUACAGCGAAAAAAUUCAAAUACGACAGUUAGUAGAUACAAAACAUUUCCCACCCUUCUCACUAUUUUCACACGCAUAUUCCAAUCAAGUAGCAUUUCGCAGGAAAAUGUUCCUCUAUACAACAUUCGCAAUGUCGUGCACAUGUGCUCUCAGUUAAUAUUUGGGCAGAAUUAUGCUUACAAUCAGAUAAUCUGUGCAUUUCUUCGGAUAGUAUGAACCUUGUUAUUUCUAAGUGCCAAAAACUGAGUUCUGUUUGAAUUGUUUUAAUGCACAAUCUCUUUGUAACCCAAGCUGUUUGUUAUUUCUAAAUAUAAGUGGCUGCAGUUGGGUGGAAGUGUAUUACAGGUGAAUUUUCUUUGUAUGUUUGUAUAUAUGGGUUUGUUGUAAAAGCUGGUGGAAGUGUGGUUCAUGCGUCUCCUAUGCCAUUGAGAUCUAUUAUUGAAACAUGUAAAAGCUGUUCAUAUGAUUUUGCUGUUAAAGAUUUGCAUUACCUUUGUGAAAUAUGAAAUGUUGUGUCUUACAACGCAAGCCUGUUAUGGAAAGUAAAAAUAUUGUCUUUGUGUCUAUUAAAGAACCAUUUUGUAUUUUUUUUUCCAUGUAUUGUUUUUGAUAUUCUGUUGAGAUAUGUAUACAAUGGUUUGUUAAGUUUUAAAGGAAAUAAAAUUAUAUCCGUACUUGCAUUA